AUGAGCUGUGGCUGCCGGCUUGCGAGGACGAUGUUCAGAUGUUGCAGUGCUGCUUUUCAUGCAAUCUAUUCCAUUCUUCGCAACGGAUUGUGGGAUGAUCCUGCUGAAGCGGUGACGGGUGCCGUCUACAAGGAAUUCUCCAAGCAAGUGGAGGCAAAAGGCAUCCAUCCCAAUGCAGCAGUGUAUUUGACAUGGCGCUAUUGCUAUUUGAAAUGCUUUAUUCUGAUUGGUGUGGUGUGGGCUGUUUCUUCCUGGUCAUCCUGGCUACCUGAUCGGGCAUUCCUCGACAACUUUGUGCGUAAUUUGCCGGAAGAGAUACAAGCAAAUCGCUUUGAGACGUUCAUAGUUGUCAUGUCCUGGUGGGAUCCUGCCCUCAUGUUGGUUUGGUUGAGCUCGUUUUUGGUCGUCCUAUGCUCAAUUUUUUUUGGCUGCUCCUUCCAGAGUGCUGAAAUACAAGAACAGUCAUUUGUCACGGUAUUUGGUUUGGGGAGCGUGGCUUUGGAACUUCGCACUUCCUUUUGCAGCGCUGCUGCUCUUUCCCAUCCGAUUCACGAUUGA